CUCAACUGUUCUCUCUCUAUCGCUGUGGCUUGGACAGCCCCAUCUAGUCUGAGAACUAGAGUUGACUAGUUGAGGGUUGCAGCUACACCUACACGUAUGGCGAAUAAAGCUGAGACAGUCGGUGGCAUCACAAGGAGAGCUCCCACGAUAUGCCUGCUCCGCUAGGUGGUUUGACUAGUUGCAUCCUCAUAGCUGUAGUCCAGUGCUGGGUGGCCGCGAUCCCUCCGGCGUCUGGCUCCGACGGCCCGAGUGAAGUCAUCAGCGUGAGCUUCCCGCCGUUCAAUGAUGCCCAGUUACACUACCCCAACACGUUGAAGUUCUCCUGGGAUGCCGGAAUCCUCUUUGGUGCCCUUCACCUCACCACCGACGAUGUCUAUCAGCCGCCGGUUCAAUAUGCUCCGGACCCGAAGAGGUCGUCCGGAUAUGUUAUCCUCUCGCUUCCUCUUUCUUUCAACUCCAAAUCCUCCGACGAGCUAUUGUUGAAGGAUGCGUCCUUCAGCACCACCUUCACCAUGAGCGUUAUCCGGUCGCUCCACAACACGGCAGUCGAACCAGACGACGACAGCGGCCUUCUACUCGAGGUGCUGCCCUACAACAGGGGUACAAACCUUGACAGGGCGAUUUACUUCUCCUUGGCUGGGAAGACCAGCAGCAACAUCUCCGUCGAGAUCGGUAAGCUGGAGUACUAUUAUGAACAAGGUACGUUCGCCUUUUAUGUCUCCAUCUCCCCGCCGGCUCCGACGCCAAACGCGCCCCCGGCGAAGUACACCGUGUGGAUCGAUUACGAUGCCAAGCGGCACAACAUAUCGGUGUACGUCGAUGACCACGGGAAUCCCAAGCCUGGACAAGCCAUGCUUCACGCUCCCCUCAACGUCAGCGACAUCAUCGCAUCGCACUCGAGUGGUUUCUCAUUUGGUUUGUUCGCGUCCAAGAACAGGUUAUUGCCCUCUUGCCAGCCGGUAGUGUAUAGCUGGAAUCUGAACCUGGACAGCGUCCACUUCACGCCCACCACCGGAAUCCGCCAUCAAAUCGGAUGGUACUUUGUGAGGGUGCUUCCUGUAGUUCUUGCAGCAGCUGCGGCAGCCAUGGCUUUCGCGGUGGCGUGCUGCUGCUUGGCUUCGAGGUACAGGGCCCUCACGAUGAAGCUGAAACUUUCCAAGGCGAUGCUGAGGCUACCCGGGAUACCCAGGGAGUUCCGGUACGCCGACGUCAAGAAGGCCACGAGGAGCUUCCAUGAGAGCAUGAGGCUCGGCAGUGGAGGGUUCGGCGCCGUGUACAAGGGGGCUAUGAUCGCCACCUGUGACGGAGACGACGGGCGGCAGCGUCUGCAGUACGUCGAGGUCGCCGUCAAGAAGUUCACGCGGAAGGAGGACCGCAGCUACGAAGACUUCCUGGCCGAGGUCGCUGUCAUCAACCGUCUCCGCCACAAGAAUAUCGUCCCUCUCCUCGGUUGGUGCUAUGAGAAUGGAGAGCUCCUUCUCAUCUACCAGUACAUGCCCAACGGUAGCCUGGACCAACAUCUCUUCCACAACAACCGCCGCCGGCAACAUCUCCACUGGGAGACACGCUACAACAUCAUCAAGGAUGUCGCCGCCGGUCUCCACUACGUCCACCACGAGUACGAGCGUGCGGUGCUCCACCGCGACAUCAAGGCCAGCAACAUCAUGCUCGACGCGGGCUUCCACGGCCGCCUCGGCGACUUCGGCCUCGCCCGUGUUGUCGCAUUCGACAAGAACUCCUUCACCGACCUGGGCGUCGCCGGCACCUGGGGCUUCAUCGCGCCGGAGUACGCCGUCAGCCACAAGGCCACGCGCCAGACCGACGUCUACGCGUUUGGGGUGCUCAUCCUCGAGGUCGUCACAGAGAAGAGGUCGCUCGGCAUGGCAGAUUCCACUUUCCCUCUACUCCUGGACUGGGUGUGGUGGCUUCAUGGCGAGGGAAGGCUACUGGAAGCCAUGGACGAUGAGGUCGCUGGCACGGGUGAGUUCGACUCCAACGACGCCACCCGGUUGCUGCUCCUUGGUUUGGCAUGCUGCAACCCCAACCCGUCGGACCGGCCGAGCAUGGUGGAGGUGGUGCAGGUCAUCUCCAAGUCAAUGCCACCACCCGCCAUGCCGCUGACGAAGCCGGCAUUUGUGUGGCCACCGGAAGGAUAUCAGCUACCACUUUCAGACGAUUCGGGUGACGACGAGUUCGUGGAGGCGGACCAUCGUGAUUCUGACAGGACCAAUUGGGAGGAGUCGGAGUGCUAUGAUGGCUUGACGACGACCGGCGGUAUCAGAUCAUCGGAGAUCACCAAACGGAAGUCUCGUAAUGUUAAUGAGAGAAACAUCACACGAGACAUUGAAAAUGGCGUGUAAGAACCAAAGAAAUGAUUUCUAAACCCUAUAUUUGUGAGGACUAGGAAGCCUUCCAUGGUUUUCCGUGGGAGCUGGAGAACAGGCUAGCACAUGAUUCAUGAGUUAGUGUAGACGUGCAAAAAGGAUACGGAAUUGGCGGUAGUUUGAUUAUAAAAUUUACAUAUGUUUUGUUGUAGUCACGAUGCUUUUUCAAUGAAAAACGUGUAUACUAAUGAUGCUGUUGUUAGCGGAUAAA